GCAACUUACCUAGCAUACGCGCCUACCUCGGCACCCUGAAUUCGCAGCCGGUAUGCGCUCGAGAUCGAAGUUCCCGCGAAACGUGAAAGGUUUGUUUUUAAAUAAAUAUUCACACUAAAAACAGACCUUUUGUGAUAGAGUGAGUGUUUUUGUACAGUGCCGGGUAUUUUCAAGUCUCGGACGCUUUUGUUUCACUCUCCCACUUUCAAAACGUCAGAAUUCGAUCUCGAAAAAACAGUUGCAAUCAAAGCUUGUCCCGAGUGUUUUCCAGGUUUUAUGUAUUUCCCAAGUGUAAACCAAAACUCUGAGAAACAAAUGUUAACUAGUGCUGUGUGCCGCUUGACCUCCCCAGGCUAAUUUAAAUUAUUUUGGGCGAGUUUUGUGAAGUUUUCUUGGAAAAAACCGCAAAAGUCACAAAGCGUCUUCCUUGGGAUGCUGAUGAGAUCCGGAGCGCGAGAAAGCUCUGAGAUUCGUUCCUUUUUCCAACAGAAAACUUGAGGCUUGUCCGGAGAAAGUUCGUGAAAGCAUGUGACAUGGAAUUUUCCAAGUUUUUGAAAAAGACAGACUUUUUUUCGAGGUUAUGUGAAUAGAGGGCGUGACUGUUCUACAAGCAGGGGUUGGUCGUUGUUUCGCGCGCUGGGAUCCCGCGCUUUGCCAACAGAUAUCUCGAUUUUGUAGGAAAUUUUCUUUAUUUGGGAAUAUUUUAACGUUCAAGGAGUUUUCCGAAAGUUGGGGAAAAUUUUCCCCGCGUCGGAAAGUUAAAAAGAACGAAAUCGAGGCAUGAAAAAGUGAGCCAAAGCCGAGCCCAUGAUCGUGCAUUAUGGCGAUCGAGCGGACGUAAUCUGCUGGAGCUUCCUCACUUUUUUGGCUCUUAAUCCUGCAAAUUUAACCCGGAAUUGAAAUAUAGUGCUUUGUAUGCCGUGAAAAAAUUCGGAGAAUCACGGGGUUAGAAUUUCAUGUUAAAGGGAAGUCUGCUGAUCGAUCUACACAAGUUCGAAAAUGAGCACCAAGAUGCCACAGACCAGUUUGCAGGAAAAGCAGCCAACGAAGAUAUACACAAAAGGAUCCACGCAAACUCUGAAACGUAAAAGACGCACAACAGAAGUAUCAGAAGAUGCAGAAAACAUAUAUCCGCCUAAUAAAGUUCCCGCUAUAUCUCAAGUACCUUAUACAGAAUCGUGUAAUGCGACUAGCGUUACAGAUGGCUCGUACCUUCCCCACCAACAGACAUCCCCCCUGAAAGAACAACAGGAACCUGCAAGUUGGUCAGAUUUAAGAACAGCGACAUGUUUCUUGACACCAUCAGCUUCCGGAAGUGGGUCUGGCAGACCAAAUCCACUGCCAUCCUUACCAUGGGCCGAUGGGUCCCAAGUUUGGUCCAUUAUGUGCCUCGGAGAUCAAAAAACUUUAUCUCAAAGGGAUUCAGAGAUGUUUCAGAGGCAUCCGACAUUACAACCAAGGAUGAGGGCGAUUUUAUUAGACUGGUUAAUAGAAGUAUGCGAAGUUUAUAAACUUCAUAGAGAAACAUAUUAUCUGGCUAUGGAUUAUAUUGAUAGAUAUCUUUCGACACAUCAAAACGUUCCAAAAAGCCAGUUACAACUCAUCGGAAUCACUUGUUUAUUCAUAGCCUCUAAGGUCGAAGAAAUCUACCCCCCAAAAAUUGCCGAGUUUGCCUACGUCACCGACGGAGCGUGCACGGAGGAAGAGAUCCUUGGCAAGGAAUUGAUAGUUUUAAAAGGUCUCGGAUGGAACUUGUCUCCAAUCACUCCACCUAGCUGGUUGAACAUCUACAUGCAGGUUGAGUCCGGAGAUUGGUCGAAGCCUAACACAUUCAUUUACCCUCAGUAUGGAGGACUGCAAUAUUCGCAAGCGGCGCAACUUUUGGAUCUCGCCACUCUCGACGAAGGCAGUCUCAAGUUUUCGUACAGUCACCUAGCAGCCGCCGCACUUUAUCACACAAAAAGCAGGGAAGCUGCUCUCAGAGCAUCCUGCCUCUCCUGGGAGAAACUCGCACCCUGCGUUCGUUGGCUGACCUCUUUUGCAAACACCGUUGCCGAAGAAGGCUCUCAACUUCUUCUCAGGUCCGCCGCACCCCCUAUCGAGUGUCACACUGGAUCCGGCUUGCGAGCCACCGUACCUAAUAUAGUGAUGGACGAGUCUCAUCGUAUACAGACUCAUGUGGUGGAUCUUACUAUGCUUGAAAAUGCCCAGCGGCGAUUGACACAAGACAUUUUAUCACUGGAUUGUCUCGACACAGAGAUCAAUCUCGAUUCUAGCAAUAGUCCCGAUAACCAGAAUGGAAUGCUAACCCCACCGUCCAGUAGUCAAAAAAAUUCACCAACACCACCUCGUCUUCCGCCGCAGUUACAUCCGUAUACAUAAGGCAUGCAAUAGGCGCUCUAGUGGUUUCAAUUAUAUCGUCAAGAGGCGUCACAAAUGUUCCGUGAACACAAAGUUUAUAUGAAAAUCAGCUUGCAGCAUAAUAUAGCUGUUUCUGCUAGAUCUGUGAAUACUGGUUUCUGCUAUCCAAUGGAAUAAACUAGUAAGUGACAUUUGCUGGGAUUAGAGCGAAAUUAAGGGUGUAUACGACACAACACUUGACCAAUUCAAUUAAACGAACUCGUUCAUAAACUAAUAAUUCGAAUGAAUUUCCAAUCAUUGACAGACGUUCAUCUUUCUUUUCAUUAAGUCUGUCUGAUACAAAAAGUUCAUUCGACUUACUAGUUUAUGGGUAAGUUUGUUUUAAAAAAUUGGUUACAUGACAGCAUGUUGCAUGGCCUCAAGGAGGAAUUUUUAAUUUAGGCCGAUUAUUUCUACACAGGUACUCCAUUUUAAUUCACCUCAGUCGGCUGGGGCCUGUUUUUUUUUUAAAUUUUGAUAUCUCAGUGUAAUAAUUAUAUAUAUAUUUAGAACUAAUUUAUUACAUAAAUUUCUAAAAUAUAAAAUUCAAUUUAAUCGAGUCAGACGUAUUUGCUAGUCUAAAAUAAUGAAUAAAAAAUUGUUAUUGAAGAUGAAGUAAACAGUGUCCACUCGUCAGCACUUUCGUAAUUUUUUUAAAUAUUGGUGUUUUUAUUAUUUUUCAAAAUUAAUACUUAUUUUAUAGUAGGGUAAGUACACCAGUCUCUGGGCACGUGUGUGGUCGGCCGAAUACUUAUUUUCUUUUAACCAAAUUGUUAUAAUGUUAUAAAAGUCUAGUCAUAUGAAAGAGAUUGACAUUUAUUUUCUAAACUAUUUUUUGACAAUUUGCAAACUGUAAUACUUUUUUAUAUAUGGCCUUCCAAAAUUGGUGUCCGGUUACUGGCACAAUUGAUUUAUAUAAUUUUGAUCACUCUGCAGAAUUUGAGCCGAAAUAUAACUUUCCCUCAAAACACGACAGAAUAUUUCUUAUGGAAAAAAUAGACAAUCCAAGAUUUACAGGAUAAUAAAAUCAGUUUAAAAAUAUUCACCCUGUAAAUUUUGCAUUGGUCCCGUACUUUUUAGUCUCGUAACGAUGAUUUGGAAAUUAGUUCAGAAUAUAAGUUACUGUAACAUAAGAUCUGAUUUUUUAAUUUUAAAGCUAUUUGCACGAAAAAAAUAAUAGCAAGUAGGUAUUUUUUUUAGUUAUUUUUUUCGAUUUCAGUAUAAUAUAUGUCCCGUAAUUUGCAGAUCCAUUAAUGAGUUUUCACUCAUUAGAUAUACGUUUAGUAACGUGUUAUAAAAUGAAAGUAUGUAAUUCAGCUUUGUCGUGAUCUCGUUCGUGUAGCAAAGCCUCAAUCAUUUAAUUUUUUCUCCGUAAAAUAUAUUCUUCCACGAAAAUGUGGAAAACUUCCGAAGUGACGGAUUUAAGUUAAAAUUUCAUAUAUCAGUUUCGAAAGUUGAACAAGGACUCCAAUUAUGCAAAAAGUGAUCAAAAUUUAAUUAAAAAAAAAAUGACGACUUCAAUAUUAAAAUCGCUACAAAAGUGUUGAAAAAUGUUGUUUUGUGUGUGACCAUAGUGUCCAUAUACCACGCGUACAAUUAUUUAACAGUUUUAGACCCCCCACCUCCCCUUGUGUAUAAACGGGGACUUUUGGUGAAGCCUCCCCUGACAACCCGUAUAAUUUAAAAAAUUUGCUAAGCGAUAUAAAAAAAAAAAAGGUUUUGUAAAAAAUAAAAUUGGUUAAAUAAACUUUAAUUUAACUGUUCAUCAUUAACAGCGUUUUUAAAAUGUUUUUAACAAAAUCAAGAUUAAUAACAUUGGCCACAAUCGACUUAGAUGAAAUGGAAUGAACCACACACUUCAUUUAAUCCAACUAAACAGUCAAUUGAACAAAAUAAUAACGUUCUCCUUGGUGACAUUAUUAAUUUACUUAUUUUUGAAAUAAAACUGAAAUUCUAGACCAUCUUAAUACAUCACAAACUUCUACAGAAUUUAGUUUUUAAUAUAAUUAAUUAAUAUUUGUAGAAAUUAUAGAAUGAAGUGUAAAAGAGCGCCUUACUUUCGUUUGAUGUCUUCUAUUUUGCGGAGUGUUGGUUUUUCUAGAAUAGACAGAAUUUAUUAGGUUAUUCCAAGGGAUUGCAGGUUGAUUCUACGAACAAUGGCUUUGGACUUUGUGGUGCUAACAUGUUGCUUGGUUGCAAUUGCUCUAAUAAUUUUCUAGUAACAAAUAUUGUACGGGAUAUAUUAAAUUGACUCGGGGACCAACACUGGUGUAAAUUUUCUUGAAUAGGGUUCCUCUUUACUUCUGUGAAACUCUAGCUUUAAAAGCUUUUUAUGUAGAGUUACUCAAGUUUCAAUCUUUCUCUCUCUCCCUCUCUCUCUCUCUCUCUCUUUGGAGUUUUUAAACUUUGAUUUUCCGAACGAAUAGCAUGGUUUAUUUAUAAAUUAAUUUUUACUGCUCAAAUACAGUUUGAAAAAAUUGAAACGACGAUUAAAGAAAGGUUUUUUCUCCUAUAAAUUUCCAAAGAAAUGUUUACCAACAAUCGGAAUUUUUGUUUCUCUGGUUAUUUUGAAAAUUUUUUCUUUUAGUUUAGCAUGAUUUUCCAUAUAACUUAAAACUUUUAGUUAUGCAAUAUUUCAUCAGUGUUAGCCCCGAAAUACGUGCAAAACUUUUGCUAUUGAGGGCACAUUAAAAUGCAUUUAUACGUUCGCCUCAUUUCUUAAAAAUGUAAAUAAUUUAGGAUAUCGAAUAUAAAUCGAGGUGAAGAUAGCGAGUAAAGUCUUCUAUUUUUAAUAAAUUGCUACUUGCGAAAAUAAUGUUGUAAUCGUUUUAGUAAUAGUGGAUUGUUAUUAUCUGCAACACUAGCGGUGCUUUAUCUGAUAAUACAAAGAGCGAUAUUAUCCGACUGACCUAGAAAAGGAAAUAGAAAGUUUAGUGAAUUUGAACCUCUACAGUGAUCGCCUACAUUAUGAAUUUUGUAUGAGGUCAUUCAAUUAUACGAUUUUGUAGGGUAUGCAAAUUUUGGUGUGCUUGUAUGGCAUUCUGUGAUUAGAUCAAUAUAAAAUGUAAUAAAUAUUUCAUCGCGGGUUUUAUAGAGACUAUUUUUCAAAUUAUAUUUAACUCGCUUGCGUUUAAUAUGAAAGGACGACUUAACAAUGUAACGAGUGCCUACGAAUGUGCCUUUAUGCUUGUUAUUUUUAUUUAGAGGAUCAGAGUGUACGUGAAAAAAAAAACGAGUGAGGAUAUUGUGAAUAGUAUUCUUUUAUAAAAUGUGCUUUAUUCUAACGCAAUAUGCCGUUGCAAUGCGUUGUAUGGUGGAAUGAGUGUUUUUAUGUAAAUAUAAAUACUACAAAAGAAAACAUACGAGUAUACUUUCCCGUCAUUGAGCAAGAUUUAUGAACUUGCAGAAGUUUAUAUAUGUAUAUUUGUAAGGAGAAAAAUUGAUAAUAAAAAAUACAAAUAUGAAACACA